UUCAGCCCCGCGCAGGGACUGGCUCUCCUUCAGCCAUCUUCUGUCCAACCACACGGCCGAGCUGAGGCGACGACCAACCAGGGUUUCACCGCAGAUGGACGGAGACAGUUCAACUACAGAUGCCUCCCAACUUGGCAUAACAGGAGAAUAUAUGGCUGGCAGUCACUUUGUUUUAGCUCAAGCUCCUGAAGAUGAAGGUGAUGAGGGUCUCAACGACCACGAGGAUGGCAAUGGAAGCAAAGAUAACCUACGUGAACAAGACAUCUAUCUCCCCAUCGCCAACGUAGCUCGAAUCAUGAAGAAUGCAAUCCCACAAACUGGAAAAAUAGCAAAGGACGCCAAGGAGUGUGUGCAGGAGUGUGUGAGCGAGUUCAUUAGCUUCAUCACUUCAGAAGCCAGCGAGAGAUGCCAUCAGGAGAAACGCAAGACAAUCAACGGCGAAGACAUCCUGUUCGCAAUGUCCACGCUGGGUUUCGACAUGUAUGUGGAGCCUCUGAAGCUCUACCUGCAGAAGUUCAGAGAGGCCAUGAAAGGAGAGAAAGGCAUAAGCAGUGUAACAGUAACCGAAGGCAUGGGAGAAGAGCUCACCGACGAGACUUUCACAAAUCCACUACCUGCAGGGAUCAUAACAGCUGAUGGACAGCAACAAAAUGUGAUGGUGUACACCACCUCCUAUCAGCAGAUCCCAGGUGUGCAACAGCUCCAGUUCUCCUGAAGAUGUGUAGAAAUCAACCCCUAAUCAUCCCGAAUCAGGCCUCCACACUUCCACAGGUCAUGAGCGGUGGGGUCUUAUGGAGGUCUUCAGCGGACUCUCACAGGUCACAGAGCUGGACUACUAUGUUUGUUCAGCUUGUUUUUGUGUGUGCUCCAUGUGUGUCUGUGCACACACAUUAUGAUUUUAUGUGACAAGUCUGUUGGGUGUAAUUAUAGUUUUGUUUUUCAUCAUACAUUUGGAGUUUUAUCUAUGUAAAGGUUUUGGGUAAAAGGGGUCCUGAGGGGGUUCAAAACUAACUCACCCCUCUAUCAAAGCAAUAAAAUAGAAGAAAUGUGAAUUUUCCUGCAACUUAGUGGAAUGAGGGCUUUGCUCCUUUUUUAUAUAGAUUAAAAAUCCUGUUGCAUGUAUAAUUUCAGUUUGAUUGACUUAAAAUGUGGAUUUUUUUGUAAAUAGUUCUUAUUUUUGUGCAUGUUUUUUUUCCUCAAUGUUUAUGUGAAUCUGUAUUGAUGCAUUUCAUUCAACAUGAAGAACUCAUUUGAAAGCAAUCUGUAUUUAUCAGUCAAAUCCCAAAAUAAAUGUAAAUGGGUUCUUCAGUGUGGCCCAUUUUAGGACAGUGACUUUUUUAUUCAAUGAUUUUAUAUUCAGUUCUUGCUGAUUUUCAUUUUGUUGUUGUAAAACUGUGCUUUAAUAUGGACAUCAGUUGCAAGAGUACAACAAAAGUGAAAAAGUGGAACAAAACACUUCACUAAUUAAUUUAUUAAAAAUAUUUGUCCCUA